CCAACCCCCCUUCCUUCUUCCUCCUGACAUCCAUCAUCAUCAUCUUCUCAUUCAACUACUGCUUGUGAGAACAGCUCUCAUCUUUGCUAUCUGUCUCUCCCUCUCUCUUUCUCUGUCUUCCUCUCCUAACACCAGCUCGAAAGAAGAAGAAAAGAGGAUCUCAUCAACCUAGAAGAGGCCAUUAUCAUAGUAGCAUUACUAAACCUCUUUGGCCCAGUAUGAACCUUCUCUACUCGACCGUCAACACCCUCAGGGACAAGUACACACCUGUCACGACCACCUCGACCUUCCGAAAGACGGGUCAGAUCACCCCUGAAGAGUUUCUCGCCGCCGGCGACUACCUAGUCUUUAAGUUUCCGACCUGGUCCUGGGCAGAUGCCGACCAGGCCUCGCGGCGCGUCAGUUACCUGCCCGCUGGCAAGCAGUUCCUGGUGACCCGCAACGUGCCCUGCUACCGCCGCCUCAAUGCCGAUUUUGCGGGCGAUGCAGGCCGCGAGGAGACUCUCGUCCGCGAUGGCGAGGACUUUGGGGGCGGCGUUGCGGGGGGCGACGAGGAGGGAUGGCUGCAGACAGGCGGGCCAUCUGGCAGCCAGCAGGGCAAGCCGCGCGAGAUACACACUGUCGAUGACGCAGGCAACGUCGGUGACGGCGAGGCCGUGGAGGAUGAUGAUGACAUCCCAGAUAUGGAAGACGAGGAUGAUGACGAGGCUAUAAUCCCGGAUGCGCAUGGUGAUGCUACCAACAGUGGCCGACGGACGUACACGCUCUAUAUCAUGUACUCGCCCUACUACCGAACGCCACGGCUCUACAUGUCCGGCUACGCACCCGACGGUCAACCUCUGCAGCCACAGUUGAUGAUGGAGGACAUCGUUGGCGACUACAAGGACAAGACCGUGACGCUGGAAGAUUUUCCAUUCUUCGCCAACAAUAUCAAGAUGGCCUCGGUGCACCCUUGCAAGCACGCACCCGUUAUGAAGACGCUGCUGGACCGGGCUGACGCCGCCCUCAAGCUACGUCGCGAGAAGCUCAAGGCCGGCCAGAGCGUCGGCAUGGACCGAGGCAUGGAGGGUCUUGUGGACAAUAUUAAUAAGCUUGACAUCUCCUCGGCCGGGCUUGCAGCGGACAAGGGCAGUGGGGACGAGUGGGAGGAGGUCAGCCACGACGUCGACGACAACGAGGUUGCCAUUCGAGUGGACCAGUACCUGGUGGUGUUCCUCAAGUUCAUCGCGAGCGUGACGCCAGGUAUCGAGCACGACUUCACCAUGGGCGUCUAGACAAUUUCAUAAUGAUGAUGAUGACGAUGACGCCCCUUAUUUUUCUCCAUUUGCCUUGUUUUCCUGCUCCUUCCUCAGUGGUCCUUUUUUCUUUGAUCAUGUAACGGCGUUUUGAGAUGUGGGGAUAUAGGAGUACUUGGUGAUCACCUGAUUACUCGGGGAGUUUGUCGAGAACGGGUUUGAACGGGUUUGAUACCGUAAGACUGUAUCUGAAUCGCACGGUGUGUAUGCAGUGACUACCAGAUAGCCUUCUCAUACAGAAACAAACAGCGCAGCACCAAAAGAUUGAUACCG